AAGUGACAGCUGCGACGGACAUCGCCGAAAAAAACACGCGAAUGACAGUCGAAUUUCUUUGAUUUCAUAUUACACAACCGCAGGAGGACUAAAUCGUUUCGGAUUUUGUUCCGCGUUUUCAAUUCCGUGUAAACAGCAUCCGUGCGCCGCCGCAAUGACCGACGCCAGCCAGUCCCUCGUGAAGAACCUCGGCCUGAAGCCGCUGACCAAGGAGAACAUCCUGUACUACUACUUUCCGCUGCAGAGUAUGGUCAGCUAUGCAGCUCUCUCGGUGAAUGUUAUGAACCCAUCGAUUGCCAUCAGAUUGCUACCGAAACGGGACGUCACGAACUUCCUGCUGGUGCACACCCUGUUCGGAACGACGCUCUACUUCUACAGCAGGCCGCAUUUGGCAGCGGUUCCGGCCCAGCGCCGCGCAGCCUACAGCAUUUGCGGAGGAGUUCUAUUUAGCUUCGGUUCGGUCCUGGUGUGGGCUGUCCUACGAAGUGCUAUUCCACGGAACCAGGCGUUGGCCACUGCCUUGGGACUGUCGUCCGGUGCACUGCUGGCCAAACUGGCCUACGACUAUCUGGAUAGCAACGAUAAGCAACUUGUGGCCAAGAACUAGGUUGGUGUUGUUCGUGUCUGGCGGAAGGAAGGGUCUGAAAGAAGAAUGUGGCCUAGAACUAGCGACAGCAUGUUCUGAUUGGGAUCACCAUUAUUUUUCAAUAACACCAUUUUGAGAGUUUAUUCAUUCGCAGACUGUUAGGUGGAAUAAAAUUUUCCCGUUUCAAUUGUGUAAUGCUAGAA